AUGACAGUCCUAAAGGGACGCGGAGACGCAGGCCUGACCCUUUUGGCCGAAACAAUGUUUUAUUUGUAUUGGAGAAACAAGAUGGUUCUCGGGGGCAGUCUGUGCCUCGGUGGGUCCCUCCUGAUCCUCCUGGCGAUGUCGCACAAGGCACAAGGGGAUCAGCAUCGCUCCCAGCACGCGGUGCACGGGUCCCGCCAGGAGCAGCACCACCACCUCCACGGGCCGCACAGAGACAGCACGCAGCCUCAUCAGCAUGCAGAGGCGCCGACCGGCCGUGGCAAGCACGAGGGCGCCGGGCAGGAGAAAUUCCUGUUUGAGAAGUACGAGGCAAGGAGGCAGUACAUGAGGUCGAGGCGAUUGCAACAGGAAAUAACAGAUACGAAAACGAGACGAAGCGAUAUAGAGACUCAGGAAAUGAUAGAGAGAAUAAAGAAGAGAUUGGAUGCGCUGAGAGACGAAUGGGAAAGCGAGAGAGCAGGCAAGCAAGCAAGCCACUAUGCAUCGCGCCAAAAACGACUGUGGAAGAGAAGUGAUGCUGAAGGGGCGGAACGUGUCGAAGCGCAAGGAGAAGAGUCUGACGUCCCUCCGGCAGAAGUCAGUUUGCCAGAAGACACGAAAGUAGACCUCAUGGAGAUCAUGGACCACUUAGAGGAACUGCGAGAAAUGUUUGCACUUACGGAUAAUGCAGAAAUACAGGAAGCUUUGGCAGAAGCUUCUAGCAUGAGAAAUGAGAACUGGAUGGAUGAGAUAUCUGAGGAAAUGCUGGAAAAGCUCAGAAGAGCUCUUAUUCAGGAAGAUCCCCAGAUUUUGGAAAGGCUCGCAAUAGCAGAGGAAACUGUUCCAGAAUUUCUGGCUGAGCUGCUAAGAAGCAAGCAGGACAGGAAUCAGCAUGAGGCCGAUGAAGGCGAGGACGACCGCAAGGGCAGGAUGGAAGAAGGUCCGGCGGAACUUGGAGAAAGUCCCGCGGCAGGAGAGCAGGAACCGGGGAACGAAAACGUGGAAAUGAAAGAUGGCCGAGCAAGGACUCCCGUUCAGGAGGAAAAAGGACUUAGGACUACGGACACGGGAAAUAAAAGCGAACCGGACGAGGGUUUCUUCGAAGAGGAAGAACCGAGGAGAAGCGAAGGCGAUGCCGAGCGCGGGGAAGAGAUGUUCGAAGACAUGGCUGCUUCAGGAAACGGCCGCGACGCUUUGGAACUUUUAAAACUAAUGUCCGCAGAAUCAAGCAAGGGCCUGGUCCCAGGAAAUCCCGUCUUAUCGUUAGUUCAGCCGGAAGACAUGGCGCCUUCUUCCCCCGCGGAAAAUAGGUUUAGUACAAAUGAGGAGAUUAUUCAGAUUGUUUCAUUAGAGGAGGGGAAGUCCGGCCGCCUGGGGAAGGACAGUGACGGCGAAGGAAUGCGUCCCACUCUGCCUGGAGGAGAAGGCGCGCGUUUGGAGGGCUCAAGAAGACACACUUCCGGAAGAACGGAAGGGGACGAAAGCCGUUCGAGCUCAGAGUUGAGAAGUCACGUUGAAGAUGAGCAUUUGCUGGAAGACCUGAGGCAGAAGACGCUGGACCUCAUUCAGAAGUCGAGAAGGCGAUACAGCGCCGAGGACGCGAGCAAAGCUAUCGAGUUUAUGGAAAUGAUCUUUAUAUCGUCUCCCGGCCGUGAUAAUGAGGACAAACCACAAGCCCCAGCAUCGAAAGGGGAAGCCGGCGCAGCAGACGCAGAGUUGAUGGAUGGUGAUCAACGACGUCUGGGGGAGAUGGACCCGCGCGGGGAGCGCCGAGGUCACCGGGCGGCAACAUCAUCCCCAAACCUGAAGCUUACAGAAUUGCACAUCAAUGUGUCAACAGCAACUGCCUAA